AUGAAUACCAAUAAUAGUCAUAGUGAGGGCCCUGACGUUGUCACGGCAAUCUCGCCGACCGAUGUCGAAUUAGCCCCCAUCACCAAUCACAGCAAACAGGAUGAUCCAUUCCUGGUCGCAUUUGCCGAGCCUUUUGAUGCUGAAAAUCCAAAGGAUUGGCGAACUGGUCGUAAAUGGGCCGUAACCGAUGUGCUCUCUGCGACCGGCUUCAAUCGAAUAAUGGUAUCAACAAUCAUUGCCCCAGCCCUGUCCACAAUCUCUGCAGAGUUCGACAUGAAUUCCGCAGAGUCAGCUAUGGCCCUCUCCAUUUAUCUUCUCGCAACAGCGUUUGGUCCACUCUUUAUCGGCCCUUUGUCCGAGGUCUAUGGUCGCAAGCCAAUCCUCCACGCUUCGAAUGUCUGGUUCCUAAUCUGGAAUAUUGCCUGUGGCUUCGCUAGAAAUAAAGAAACGUUGAUCGCAUGUCGGUUCCUCGCCGGUUUUGGUGCUAGUGCAAUAUACGCUUUAGCGAAUGGUGUUCUCGGCGAUGUAUGGCGGCCGGAACAGCGCGGACGCUCUCUUGGAGUGUACAUGCUGAUCCCCUUGCUAGGAGCCGCUGUUGGUCCGAUCAUCGGUGGCUUCAUGGCAGAUCGUACGACCUGGCGCUGGAUGUUUUGGGCAACAUCCAUCUUCCAGGCUGUGAUGAUUCUAGUAUCUUUCACGGCCUUCCAAGAGACAUAUGAGCCAUUAAUCCUGCGCCGUCGUGCAGAGCGAAUUCGCGAGCAGACUGGCGACACACGAUAUUACACUGUUCAUGAACGACUCCAUGCAAACAAGUCCGCGCUGAGGAUUCUCGGUCGCGCACUUAUCAGACCUGUCCGACUCCUUGUUUCACAUCCUAUUAUUCAAAUCUCUUCACUCGUGUCAGCGUUCUACUACGGAAUUCUGUACAUUGUUCUGUCUACGUUUUCAGACCUAUGGAUUUAUCAGUAUCAACAGUCGGUCGAAAUUAGCGGUUUACACUACAUUUCAGUUGCAUUAGGCGAGAUUGUGGGAGCCCAGCUAUGUGGAAUGCUCAUGGACUCCCUCUACCAUCGCCUCAAGGCUCGAGCCAAUGGUGAACAUACUCCUGAGCUUCGAACGCCUUCUGUUUUUCCAGGUGCUUUUAUCGGGCCACUUGGUCUGUUCGUCUAUGGCUGGGCGGCUCAUUAUCGCCUCCAUUGGGCUAUUGUCGAUCUUGGUGCUUUCAUUACGAUGCUUGGCAUGCAAAUCACAGGAAUGCCACUACAGGCAUACAUCAUGGAGGCCUAUCCAGAGCAUACAAGCAGUGCCGGGGCUGCCUCCCAGUUUCCACGUAGUCUGACGGCAUUCCUGUUCCCUUUAUUUGCACCGACAAUGUACAAGGUGCUCGGGUAUGGAUGGGGAAACACUACAAUUGCAUUUAUAGGCCUGAUAGUCGGAUUGCCGGCUCCUUUGAUUCUCUGGUAUUACGGUGCGAGGUUGAGGGCCAGAGCACAAGUAAGUCAUUAA